AUUUGGCCGUCGAAGUCUCGGAUGCAGACCACGCUCGUCGCCGCCACUGCGCUGCUGGGGCUGGCCAUGGCCCAGCAGCCGACCACGAGCCAGACCUUUCGUGUCUGCCGCCACACCAACUACGUUGCGGAGGGCAACAAGAUCUUUGCUGUCGACCCGGCCAACCCGUUGACCAAGACGGAGCUCUUCAUCAAAGGUGUCACGUGGAGCGGCAUGGAGUUACCGAACCAAGGCGUGCCCAUGGGUCUCUGGGGCGCCAACCUCACGCAGAUCGACUCGGGCAUCAAGGGCACGUCGCUCGCCGCCAUGAUGCAGUUGAUGACCAACGCCUCGAUCAACGUCGUGCGCUUCCCGCUCACGGCCGACGCGGUCGUCAAGGACACGCCGCCCAAGAUCACGUACGUGCACCGCGAGAACAAGGAGAUCGCCUUGUACCCGCCGGGCUUUGAACCUCGGACGUCCGACUUUGUCGCGCGGCUCAUUGGCGCCUUCCAAAAGUACCGCAUCGGCAUCGUCCUCGACAUCCACGACCUCGUCGACAACUUUGCGACCGAUGCGUACUGGUACUACCCCAAGCCGUCGACGGUCGAAGAGACGCUCGCGUACAAGGCGGCGGUCGUGCUCGCGACCAACUACUGCAAGGCCACGUACUGGAACGUACUCGGCCUCGACCUCAAGAACGCCAUGACCGACGUCACGUGGGCGAAAUCGGCCAACGACGCGCGCAGCGUCUCGGACUGGGCGUCGGCCGCGCAGGUGAUUGCAGCCAAAGUCAACGCGCUCUGUCCGCAGUGGCUCGUCUUGACGACCGGCGCGAGCUCGGCGAGCGGCGAGUCGUUCAGUGUACCGUCGCGCGCCAACGAAACCUUUCCGUUCUGGGACGGCGGCAACUUCCAGAACGCGACGAGCCGGCCGCUCGAAGGUGCCACCAACGUCGUCUACGCGCCACACGCCCAUGUGCACGGCAUGCUACCGCAAGCGUACCUCUAUGCCAAGGCCGCGGGCUGCGGCGCCAACCUCCCGAGUACGUCCACCAAAGAAGACACGACGUGCUCGGUCUUCUUGAACGGCGCGCUGGUCGCCAACACGAAACGCGCGCUCUCGUGCCAAAAGUCCAAGUACGCGUGCGCAUCGUACGUCCCGAUGGCGGUGCCCGAGCUCCAGGCCAACGUCGCCGCGAUGCUGCAGUCGGCGCUUGGCGGCGUCGUCGCCGAAGCCAAGCACCCGAUCGUGUUCAGCGGCUUCUCGGCCGUGUACGAGCCGACCCUGCAGCCGCAGCAGUCGGCAGCGUUCGAUGCGAUGUUGCAGUUUCUUGUGCAAAACACCAGCGGCGGCUUUUACGCCAACCUCAACCCGGACACGGAGAUGUACCUCGAGGCGCCGCCGGCCGGCAAGACGAUUAUCGGCAAGACACGGUUUGGUCUCAUGAAGACGAACUCGUGGCAGGCUGCGAACGACGAGCUUCUGCACGCGCUGAGUGCGAUGAAGAGCACGCCGAUCCCGUGCUACGGCGAUGCGUACCCGGGGCCGCCCGACAGCAAUGUGGCCAAGGCGCUCGCACCGUCCUUACUGCCCUUUGUUGGUGUUGCUCUGGCGUACUGCUGGUUCUAGAGUGAGCUCGUGGUAGCUGCUGAAUAGCGUCAUAUUUGUGUGCAUCUUGCC